ACCGACAACCCGGCCUGUCUCCGCUCACCAAGGGGAGGGAUGCGCGGCUGUUGCUGAACCUCCUGCUAUCGCUGCUGGCAUUUUUUUUUUUUUUUUUUAAACCUCCGUCGCAUUAAAACAACAGUCACCGCUGAUGUUUCCAUUACACACGUUUGGCCGGUUAAGAAAGCGUCCUACGUAACGUCCGUUGGACUAACGUUAGUUAGCUAACAGCAGUUAGGCACAAAGGCGGUGUUAGCUAAUAGUAACUAGCCUGCUAACAACACAGCCGGUGCGGACGAGCACAUCCUUGCGCAGCCAUACUCGGGUUAAUCUCUGCUGACUCGCUCCGUGGGUUUACGUGAGCUGCCUCGCGGUAGUUAUUCACCUGUAACCCAAGUCAAGUGGUUGUUUUGACGGUCACCACUCAUGACUCGUCUAAUUGAAGCACCGUUAAUGCAGAGUUGGACAGUUGGGUGCUUGUUUUUUCCCCAGUUAGCCACGGCAGAGCCUCGGUCUCGCACAGGGAUGUGGCGGUGAGAAAAACAAGCUAACCGUCUCUGUGAAGAAGUGAGGAAACACUUCGAGCCAGGCGGGAGUUCUCUUUUUUUAAUUGUUUUAUGUUAAUUGUAAUUCCGGGGUGGAUGACGCCAGGACGAAGCUGACGAUCACCGAACACCGCCGAACUGAAACUGGGAAUAUCGCGAACAGGUCGAAAAGGAUAAUUUUUGUGUGUGUGUGUCUCUUAAGUGGAUUUUUUUCGGCCUCCCUUUCACAGGAUCGUCGUGGGAACACAGUGAGUUAUAUUUGUUGACAUUGAGUGGAGCCCCAACCAAAAAUAUCAUAUCUCCCGCCGACCUUCACCCUCCGAUGCGGGGUUUUCAGUAGCACCGGCAACCCAAAUCCCCCCACGGCGGCCGGACAUGCUGAAGUGUAUCCCCCUGUGGCGGUGCAACCGCCACGUCGAGUCGGUGGACAAGCGACAUUGCAACUUGCAGACAGUCCCCGAUGAGGUAUUCCGCUACAGCCGCAGCUUGGAGGAGCUUCUCCUCGAUGCCAACCAACUCAAAGAGCUGCCAAAGCCUUUCUUCAGACUACUGAACCUACGGAAGCUCGGCCUCAGUGACAAUGAGAUCCAGAGGCUCCCUCCUGAGGUGGCCAACUUCAUGCAGCUGGUGGAGCUCGACAUUUCCAGAAAUGAAAUUCCCGAAAUCCCAGAGAGCAUUAAGUUUUGCAAGGCCUUGGAGAUCGCAGACUUCAGUGGAAACCCACUGUCCAGAUUGCCGGAUGGCUUCACUCAGCUCCGAGCGUUGGCUCACUUGGCACUCAACGACGUGUCAUUGCAGGCGUUGCCCAACGACAUUGGAAAUCUGGCCAACCUGGUGACGUUAGAGCUCAGGGAGAACCUGCUGAAGUCUCUGCCAACGUCGCUCUCUUUCCUGGUGAAACUGGAACAGCUGGACCUGGGCAGCAAUGAACUGGAAGUUUUGCCGGACACCCUCGGUGCUCUCCCCAACCUGAGGGAGCUAUGGCUGGACCGUAACCAGUUGUCCUCAUUACCACCAGAGCUGGGAAACCUCCGGAAACUGGUGUGUCUGGAUGUGUCUGAGAAUCGUCUGGAGGAGCUUCCCUCAGAGCUCAACGGCCUCCUGGCUCUCACCGACCUGCUGCUCACGCAAAACCUGCUGGAGGUCAUCCCAGACAGCAUAGGCUCUCUGAAACAGCUGUCCAUCUUGAAGGUGGACCAGAAUAGACUGACCGACCUGACUGAUUCAAUAGGCGAGUGUGAAAACCUCACAGAACUCGUCUUGACUGAGAACCUUUUACAGUCACUUCCUCGCUCGCUGGGCAAGCUGAAGAAGCUGACCAACCUGAAUGUAGACCGCAACCGUUUGGGCGGCGUGCCCAAAGAGCUGGGCGGCUGUGCCAGCCUCAACGUUCUCUCACUGAGAGACAAUCACCUGGGCAAACUGCCCGCGGAGCUUGCAGAUGCCACUGAGCUGCAUGUGCUCGAUGUGGCCGGAAACAGAUUACAAAACCUGCCUUUUGCCCUCACAAACCUCAACCUAAAGGCCAUGUGGCUUGCAGAGAACCAGUCGCAGCCAAUGCUCAAGUUCCAGACAGAGGAUGAUGAGAGCACAGGGGAGAAGGUGCUGACCUGCUAUUUACUGCCCCAGCAGCCUUCUCCAAGCCUUGAGAACUUGCUGCAAAACAGUGUGGAUGACAGUUGGACGGACAGCAACCUGAACCGAGUGUCAGUCAUUCAAUUCCAGGAAGAGACCAAGGCCGAGGAGGAAGAUGACGAGGCUGCUGCGGAGCGCAGAGGCCUUCAGCGCAGAGCCACUCCACACCCUAAUGAGCUGAAGGUGAUGAAGAAGGUGAUUGAGGAGAGGAGGAAUGAAGCUUACACAUCCAGACCUGAUGGAGAAGAAGAGUCCCCUGAUCAACAGGAGAAACGGCUCAGUGACCUCUCCAAUCAGAGCCAUAACUCCCAGGUGUCCAACAGCACACUGUCGGCCACUUCCCACGAGGACAGACGAAAUGUGACUGCAGCCUCGCAGAGGGAGGACCUUGUAGACGGCCACUACCCUCAGGAUGAAGAAGAGCUGGAUGAGAUGGAGGUGGAAUACAUUGAGCCCUCUGUGCACUUUGCAGAGGAGCCCAUGAUCCGUGGUUUGGAUGAGGACGACGAUGAGGUCGGGGUGGAUGGCGAGAGGAGUGACGAGGAAGAGAGGCCGGCUAUCCCUGCGGAGAAGCAGCGUCUGAUCAGAAAAGACACGCCGCACUACAAGAAGCACUUCAAGAUCAACAAGCUGCCCAAACCAGAGGCCGUGGCUGCGCUGCUGCAGGGCUUCAAUCCCGACGGCAUGAACUCUCCGACACAGGUUGCUCGGGACCAGCAGGACGAAGAGGAAGAGGAAGAGCACAUUUUAUGCAACCCUCAACACCAUCUUAGAAUGGAGGAGCUCGAAGACAGCCGGCUCCAGGUCAACUCCAGCCAAGUAAAGGGGGUGUCAUUUGAUCAAGUCAAUAAUCUGCUGAUUGAACCUGCUCGAAUUGAGGAGGAAGAGCACUCCCUGACCAUCAUGCGACAAACUGGCGGCCUGGGAAUCAGCAUUGCUGGAGGGAAAGGAUCCACACCUUACAAGGGGGAUGAUGAGGGAAUCUUCAUCUCCAGAGUAUCUGAAGAAGGUCCUGCAGCCAGAGCAGGUGUGAAAGUGGGAGACAAACUCCUGGAGGUGAAUGCAGUGGACCUCCACGAAGCAGAACAUCACACAGCGGUUGAAGCUCUUCGUAGCUCCGGUGCCACAGUUUCCAUGUCGGUGCUGCGGGAGCGAAUGGUGGAGCCGGAGAACGCCAUCACGACCACGCCGCUGAGGCCAGAGGACGACUACUUCCCGCGGGAGAGACGGAGCAGCGGCAUCGCCUUCAACAUGGAGGCGGCUCCCAGCGAGCCUCACCAGCGGUUCUCCACCUGCCUGAUCCGAAACGACAAGGGCCUUGGAUUCAGCAUCGCCGGGGGCAAAGGCUCCACGGCCUACCGCACAGCAGACACGGGAAUCUACAUCUCUCGGAUUGCAGAAGGGGGAGCGGCACACAGAGACAGCACACUGCACGUAGGCGACAGGGUGAUCUCUAUCAAUGGUGUAGACAUGACAGAGGCCAGGCAUGACCAGGCAGUAGCGCUCCUUACCGGCACCUCACCCACCAUCUCCCUCCUGGUGGAGCGAGACCCGAAUGCACCAGGGGGCUCUCCAGGUCAAUCCCGGGCGCGAGCCCACUCCCCUCCACCCCCAGAGCCCUCAGAUUCACCGGACCAGGAGGAGGACGGUCUCGGCCUUCAUGGGAACAACCUGAGUCGGAUGGAGGACGAGUAUCCCAUCGAGGAAGUAACCCUGCUGAAGUCUGGUGGCCCUCUAGGCCUCAGCAUCGUGGGAGGCAGUGAUCACGCCAGUCACCCGUUCGGCAUCAAUGAGCCUGGCGUGUUCAUCUCAAAGGUGAUUCCUCACGGUCUGGCAUGUGAAAGCGGACUGCGUGUCGGCGACCGCAUUUUAGAAGUGAACGCCAUCGACCUGCGCCACGCUACGCACCAGGAAGCUGUGCGAGCGCUGCUGGCCAACAAGCAGGAGAUCCGUAUGUUAGUGCGGCGGGACCCGUCGCCUCCUGGGAUGCAGGAAAUUGUGAUCCAGAAGCAGCCAGGGGAGAAGCUUGGUAUCAGUAUUCGUGGAGGGGCCAAGGGUCACGCAGGAAACCCCUUUGACCCCACAGACGAGGGCAUCUUCAUCUCUAAGGUGAGCUCGAGCGGUGCAGCAGCCAGAGACAGCCGCCUGCAGGUUGGCAUGCGUAUCCUGGAGGUGAACAACCACAGCCUGCUGGGGAUGACGCACACAGAGGCCGUGCGAGUGCUUCGAGCUGUCGGAGACUCUCUGGUCAUGCUGAUGUGUGACGGCUUCGACCCACAAAAAAUGGCUGCCGUGGAGGCGUCUCCCGGCAUCAUCGCCAACCCAUUUGCUUCAGGCAUCGUCCGUAAGAACAGUCUGGAAAGCAUCUCUUCUAUCGACCGAGACCUGAGCCCAGAGGAGAUGGAAAUCAUGCAGAAGGAGUCUGAGAUGGUGAGAGAGACAUCGCAGUGGGAGCGAGAAGAGAUGGAGAAAGUGGAGCGUAUGCGUUUGGAGCGCGAGGAGGCAACUCGCCUGCUAGAAGAGGAGACUGAGAACAUUGGAACUGGACCUUUAAAACUUGACUAUAAAACCCUGGCGGCUCUGCCCACCACCAGUCUGCAGAAGCUUAACCGGUUCUCUACCUCUGAAAGUCUGACUGCUCCCAUGGAGGCCCCCCUGCAGGCCCAGUACGGAGCCCCUUUAGAGCCUCUGGGCUUCGACUUAGUCCACCCCACAAAACCCCUCGACCACACGGACCCCGAGUCCUGCCCCGGUCUGAACGCAGAGCACGAUUACCUCCACGGCUCCCAGUUCUCCCCAAAUGGGACCUCCAUUGCUGACAGUGUCGGCUCGUCAACAACCAUUAAUUCAUUGGCACCCGAAGAAGAGGAAAACCUGGUGGACUCUCAGCCCAUCUGCUUCAAAGAGAACCCGUUCUUGGUGGCCAAUCGCAAAGGAAAGGGUCGCCCACCUGGACAGCAGAUCCUGUCGGGGCCUCCUGUGGGCUACGGGAAGCCGGGCCAGCUGCAGCCCUGGUUGUUCAACAAGGCACCUCCUUCUGAUUUUACCCGGACUGAGAGCCCAAUCAGAGAAGCACCCUACUCUCCCACGAUCCAACCGCACAGCAACCACUCCUCCAACAGCUCCCUGUAUGCAGGCAGGGAGACCCGCUUCGCAAACCUUCAUUACACCUCCACUCCUACCGCCAACACUGACUUCACUUCUUCAUCAACUCGACCGGGUGCCAUCCAGCCCGUCGGGCGCGUGCGGCAGAGUACCUCCCCCGCCACGCCGGACGGCCACAGUCCUAACCCAUUCCAGCAUGGCCCCUCCCCCUUCGACUCUCAGACCCCUCCUCGCGCCCCCUCCCCCACCUCGCCUGACGAGUUCCCCCUGAAUGUCAAGCAGGCGUACAAGGCGUUUGCCGCCGUGCCUCGCUCACUGGCCGUGCUGGAGCCGCCGCAGGACCUGUAUGGCGUGAGGAACAAUUUCCACCCACAGCAACCUUCUCCAGAGAGUCCAUCUCCUGGUGGUAAGUACAGCCCAGAGCAGCGCUCCUUCAGGGACAGGCAGAAGUACUUUGAGAUUGACGUGAAGCAGCAGACGCCAGAGAAACCAAAACCUCGUGUGUCUCUCGUUGGAGAAGAUGACCUCAAGAAAAUGAGGGAGGAAGAAGAGAGGAAGUUCGAGCAGCGGGCGCGGGAGUACCUGCUGGAUGAGGACGAGGAGGAUGAGGAAGAGGACCUGGCUAAGCAGGUGGCACAGAUGAAGGCAACUGGCAAAGUGUUGCUGGAUGGAGUGGAGUACAACGUGGAGCCGGUAACUACCCCGUCGCAGCACUGCGCCACGCCGCCGAGCUACUGCGGCAGCUCCGGGCCUUCCUCUGUUGACGGGAAGGGGGAGUCUCAGAGGAAUUCCCUGGAGGACAGCUUGAGGCAGGAGCAGAGGCCCAGCUCCAUGACUGGUCUGAUCCCGGCGUACACCGGAGACUCGGCGACUCCCAUCCGCACAGCCAAAGCAGAGCGCCGACAUCAAGAGCGACUCCGUAUGCAGAGCCCCGAGCUGGCUGUGGCCCCCGACAAGGACCUGUCCCCUGCGGAGAAACGAGCUCUGGAGGCCGACAAGAGAGCCAUGUGGAGGGCAGCACGGCCCUGUGGCCUAGAGGAGGAUGUUAGGCAGUAUGAGCAGGACCUGGCUAAGAGGCUCUACCAGGCCAGAGUGAGGGCAUCUCAGGGCACGGCCGAGUCCCCCCAGCCCCCCACCUCUUCCUCUACCUCCUCCUCCUCUGCAGCAGCCUCCCAGCUCAGAAUGAAGUCUCUCGAGCAAGAUGCACUGAAAGCACAGAUGGUCAUCGCCAAGUCUCGCGACGGAAAGAAGCGCGGCACGCUGGACCAGCUGACGGAGUCGCCGUCGCCCGCCCCCACGCCCUCUCCCACGCCCAUGGAAGAGCUCAGUCCUCGAGGAGUGACCUCUCCAGGACGGCUGUCCCUGUCGUCAAAGAAGUUUGACUACCGACAGUUUGCUGCCAUUCCUUCUUCCAAACCCGUAUACGACAUCCAGACCCCAGAAGCUGUGGAUGACCUGCAGUUCAUCGACGACGGCUCCAGCAACCCAGUGCCCGAUGCAAGCCCUGAGGUCGAGGUGCCCACCCCACUGCCCGCCACCUCCGCUCUGGAGGAGAUGGCCCUGUACAGCAACAAGCGCAAACUGAGGCAGGGCCGCCGCAGCCUGGAGACCGCCGUGCCCACGUAACACCUCUCACCGAGGGGAGGACGCCGAAGACACAGUGUGAACACACACAUUUAGAUUCACUGUGGAACACUGGUGCAUCCACAGGAGGUGCAGAGUCACCAAACACUACACGGUGUCAGUAGAGCGAGAUUUACUCUCCCAUAUAUAACCACUGCAGAGACGAUGACGCCGAUAGUCACCACACACUCACUUAUAUCCCGCGUGCCAGUCUUGCCUAAACAGUCUGUGGAUGAGAACGGUGUGGCAAGAAAGAGCUAGUGUGGUUAGCUAGGAUUGCUACUUAAAGACCUCUUAAAGAUCUCUUUUUUGUUGUUGUUGUAGAAGCUGAUCUAUUUCAAAAGAGGAGGUGACUCAAGUUUUUUGUUUAUUUUUUCGCACCUCCAAUAAUGUUGCUGUAAAAAAAAAAAAAAAGAAGAAAAAAAAACAUACUGGAAGAGAAAAGAAAUGGGUCAUAGCUAUACUAACUUCUUGAAUAAUACUUUUAGGCUUUCAGUGAAUAGAUGUCAGGGGUUUCUUGAGACUUGGGCGGACAGGAGUGUAAAUAUUAAUUGAGGAGGGAACAUCCUGCUACCUUCACAGUCACAAAAUGUGGAGAGCUUUUUAAAAAACAAAAAAAACAAUAGUACGUAUCUUUUUUUUUGCACUGCGUAUAUCUUAAGUAAUUUAUUGUUUUUAGCGUUUCAAAUUGAAGGCCUUCUAUUUUAACCCUUCUGGUCCUAUUAGCCACACAGCAUGACUAAAGUUAAUCCGAAUGUACCUUUUAAACUAAUGUCAAAGAUAGCUAUGAGGUUUACUUUGUUAAAGCUUUCAACCAAUGAAUAUCAUAUCACGUCUUUUAAUCUACUUUACAUACUUAGACGUUUUUAAAGAAGCAUAUCUACAAAUUAGAUUGCUCAGACAAAGUUUAGCUGAAAUGGGUCAAACCUGUAAUUGACUGCGUUACAAAGUUUGGAAACACAAUUCUAGUAAUAUCUUUUAAUUAACGGUACUCACCCUGCCCUUUAUGGGUAUUAUUUUGUACUUAUUGAUGUGAAGGUAGCAGUUGUUUUAUUUUUCUGUCUAAUGGUUAAUUUAAAUCUGACGCCACUGAAAAAAGUGAUUUAUUAUUGUGUGAAUAAUGUACAAAUACUGAAAGGAAAGCAAACUUUGGGUUUGAAACUGAGCCGGUCUUGACCAAGACCAAGCGAGUGUCUGGACUGCUGACUCUUCUGGGUUUGGACAGGCUUAGUAUUGGGAUGCUCUCUGCGUGUAUAUUGGUUUGUUAAUGGGAGAGCUGGGAGAGGCACAACCAAUUAGAAAUCCCUCUCAAGACAUUGUUCUCAUUCAAUUCAUUGCUUAACAUACUGUCAGUUUAUGUAUUCAAUGGGUAUUUUCGCAGAAUCACAGGAUAGUAGCAUUUGUGUUAAUUUAAUGUGGGUCUUCUAAUGAUAGCUUUCCAUGUUGUUCUCACUGACUGAAAUUCAGUUUGUUUGAUUUCAUUUGCAAUUUUUUAAACUUACAGUAGGCAAAUCUUCUUCUUUUUUUCCAGAUGUGUUUCACUACAUUAUUCAUGCAGUGUUUUUAUUCUUUGGUCUUGAGUUCUCUUUGGGGGGAAUUUACUUGCAAAUAGGUCGGAGGGAAAGGGUCAAAGGUCCCAGGGUUAAGGGGUAGAGCUCACACAAGACUGUAACUAGUGAAUUUGUACAACCAAAGAAGUCUAUUUUGUGGUUCAGGAAUAAUAAAUUUUACUUUUCAUUUAAGAAGCUGA